GGGCGGGGCUGGCGGAUAGUCCUCUGCCGUGAUUGGCCAGGGGGCGUGGCGACGAGCCGGAAGCCACGCAGGGCCACGUCUGCGGUUCUGAGGACUGGGUUUGGGUGCAGACGUCGUUGCUUGGGCGCUUCUCCGCUGCGUGUAGGUGAAGGGGGCUUCCUGACCGAGACAUGGAUUUAGGUGCUAUUACAAAAUACUCAGCAUUACAUGCCAAGCCCAAUGGACUGAUCCUGCAAUACGGGACUGCUGGAUUUCGAACGAAGGCAGAACAUCUUGAUCAUGUCAUGUUUCGCAUGGGAUUAUUAGCUGUCCUGAGGUCAAAACAGACAAAAUCCACUAUAGGAGUCAUGGUAACAGCGUCCCACAAUCCUGAGGAAGACAAUGGUGUAAAAUUGGUUGAUCCUUUGGGUGAAAUGUUGGCACCAUCCUGGGAGGAACAUGCCACCUAUUUAGCAAAUGCUGAGGAACAAGAUAUGCAGAGAGUGCUUAUUGACAUCAGCGAGAAAGAAGCUGUGAAUCUGCAACAAGAUGCCUUUGUAGUUAUUGGUAGAGAUACCAGGCCCAGCAGUGAGAAACUUUCACAAUCUGUAAUAGAUGGUGUGACUGUUCUAGGAGGUCAAUUCCAUGAUUAUGGCUUGUUAACAACACCCCAGCUGCACUACAUGGUGUAUUGUCGAAACACGGGUGGCCGAUAUGGAAAGGCAACUAUAGAAGGUUACUACCAGAAACUCUCUAAGGCUUUUGUGGAACUCACCAAACAGGCUUCCUGCAGUGGAGAUGAAUACAGAUCACUUAAGGUUGACUGUGCAAAUGGCAUAGGGGCCCUGAAGCUAAGGGAAAUGGAACACUACUUCUCACAGGGCCUGUCAGUUCAGCUGUUUAAUGAUGGGUCCAAGGGCAAACUCAAUCAUUUAUGUGGAGCUGACUUUGUGAAAAGUCAUCAGAAACCUCCACAGGGAAUGGAAAUUAAGUCCAAUGAAAGAUGCUGUUCUUUUGAUGGAGAUGCAGACAGAAUUGUUUAUUACUACCAUGAUGCAGAUGGCCACUUUCAUCUCAUAGAUGGAGACAAGAUAGCAACGUUAAUUAGCAGUUUCCUUAAAGAGCUCCUGGUGGAGAUUGGAGAAAGUUUGAAUAUUGGUGUUGUACAAACUGCAUAUGCAAAUGGAAGUUCAACACGGUAUCUUGAAGAAGUUAUGAAGGUACCUGUCUAUUGCACUAAGACUGGUGUAAAACAUUUGCACCACAAGGCUCAAGAGUUUGACAUUGGAGUUUAUUUUGAAGCAAAUGGGCAUGGCACUGCACUGUUUAGUACAGCUGUUGAAAUGAAGAUAAAACAAUCAGCAGAACAACUGGAAGAUAAGAAAAGAAAAGCUGCUAAGAUGCUUGAAAACAUUAUUGACUUGUUUAACCAGGCAGCUGGUGAUGCUAUUUCUGACAUGCUGGUGAUUGAGGCAAUCUUGGCUCUGAAGGGCUUGACUGUACAACAGUGGGAUGCUCUCUAUACAGAUCUUCCAAACAGACAACUUAAAGUUCAGGUUGCAGACAGGAGAGUUAUUAGCACUACCAAUGCUGAAAGACAAGCAGUUACACCCCCAGGAUUACAGGAGGCAAUCAAUGACCUGGUGAAGAAGUACAAGCUUUCUCGAGCUUUUGUCCGGCCCUCUGGUACAGAAGAUGUCGUCCGAGUAUAUGCAGAAGCAGACUCACAAGAAAGUGCAGAUCACCUUGCACAUGAAGUGAGCUUGGCAGUAUUUCAGCUGGCUGGAGGAAUUGGAGAAAGACCUCAACCAGUUCAAAAUAGGUUAUAAAGCAGCAGAGACAACACACAACAUCAGCAAUGCAUUUGGCCCAGGAACUGCUAAUGAACAUACAGUGCCGUGAUGGCUCAAGAAGUUUUGCAAAGGAGACUAGAGCCUUGAAGAUGAGGAGUGCAGUGGCCAGUCAUCGGAAAUUGAUAAUGACCAAUUGAGAACAUCAUCGAAACUGAUCCUCUUACAACUAUAAGAGAGCUGCCCAAGAACUCAAUGUUGACCAUUUUAUGGUCGUUCGGCAUUUGAAGCAAAUUGAAAAGUUGAAAAAGCUCAAUAAAUGGGUGCCUCAUGAGCUGAGUGAAAAAUAAAAAAAAUCGUUGUUUUGAAGUGUCAUUUUCUCUAUUGUAUGCAACAAUAAUGAAUCAUUUCUCUAUCGGAUUGUGAUGUGUGCCAAAAGGUGGAUUUUAUGCGACAACUGGCGAUGACCAGCUCAGUGGCUGGACUGAAAGAAGCUCCAAAGCACUUCCCAAAGCCAAACUUGCUCCAAAAAAUGGUCAUGGUCAUUGUUUGGUGGUUUGCUGCCAGUCUGAUCCACUACAGCUUUCUGAAUCCAGGUGAAACCAUUACAUCUGAUAAGUAUGCUCAGUAAAUCAAUGAGAUGCACCAAAAACUGCAAUGCCUGCAGCCGGCAUUGGCCACCAGAAAGGGCCCAAUUCUUUUCACGACAACACUGGGCCGCACGUUGCACAACCAACGCUUCGAAAAUUGAACUAAUUGGGCUAUGAAGUUUUGCCUCAUCUGCCAUAUUCACCUGACCUCUUGCCAACAAACUACCACUUCUUUAGGCAUCUCAGCAACGUUUUGCAGGGAAAUUGCUUCCACAGCUAGCAGGACACAGAAAAUGCUUUCCAAGAGUUCGUCAAAUUUGGAAGCAUGGAUUUUUAUGCUACAGGAGUAAACAAACUUAUUUCUCAUUGGCAAAAAUGUGUUGAUUGUAAUGGUUCCUAUUUUAAUUAAUAAAGAUUUGUGUGAACCUA